AGGGAUCUGCCGAGGUGGUAAGAUGGUUAGUUAGGAAAGGAGCAGAUGUUAACAAAACAAAUGUUUGGCUUGAAACCCCUCUUCAUUGUUCAGUUAAAAGGAGAUGUGAGUCGGAAGAAAGUCAAGUAUCAAUAGUUAACUAUUUGAUCAAACAUGGAGCAGAGGUGAAUGUUUGUGAUGAGAAUGAUUUAACCCCCCUAAUGUUGGCUGCCCAGAAGGGAUUUCUAGAGAUCUGUCGAAUAAUCUUGAAAAAGGAUUCUUCAAUCCUGAAUAUGAAAGCUGAGGAUGGAGCUACAGCUUUAAUGUUAGGAUGUCAGGGUGGAGAGGUUGAAGUUGUUGAGCUGCUACUAGAUGCUGGAGCUGAGGUCAAUCAUGCUGCUCAGGAUAAAACGAUGGCGGUACAUCUAGCAUCUGCAGCGAAGAAAAACAGUUGUACCCUGCUCAGAUUAUUGCUCCCUAAGACUGACAUGAAUAUGGUGUAUUCUGCUUGUACGAGUACUGGAGAUACAACAUGUGUUAAGAAAACUGGUUUAUCACUCCUUUCUCCUUUUCAUCUGGCGAUAGAUUGGGAGAAUUAUCAGAGUUUAGGGUUGCUUUCUGAGUAUUUAUCUCCUUCCCGAUUUCAAAUCCCUAUAGAAGAAUGCCCAGUUCACAGUGAAUACUGCUCACACUUUCAGAUGAAAAGAUGCAGGAUGUUUGAAUAUUGUUCUAAAGACCCGCUCUCCCAUCUACUCAGCGUCUCCAACCUUCCACUGAAUACCACUAGUUUAAUUGAUUCUCUUUGGUCAGAUGAUAAUACUUCCGGUUCACUUCCUCCAUUUAUAGCUCUACUUAUAGGUUCUAGAGAAGGAGAUUCAAAUAUUUACAAGAAUGGGGAUAUUCGGAGACAAACACUAAGAUAUCUUAUAGAACGUGGAGAAAGGAUAAAGGAGAAGGAUAUUCUACCCAUAGUUCUCCUUAGUCCUGUAUCUGGCCUGUUUGGAUUAAUACAGGAGGGUCUAAUCAGUCCUUUAUCCUUGAUUAAUCAGCGUAUGCUUGACUCUAUCAGACAGCUGAUAAAUCAAGAAACCUACAUGAGAUGGUCUGGUUUCAGCUCACAGAACUCAACAUACCUAAGGUUGAAGUGUUGGACAAGCUGUAUAAACAGUUCUUCACACCCGCCUCUCUUCAAUCCAUCGCUAGAACUUCAAUUCAUCAAUCCAUUUAUAAAUAUUCAGUCUCCAGUUCAAUCACACGACCAGUCACUUGAGAGAAGACCUGAAGAUGACGGCCCCCCUGCAUCUAUUAACAAGGUUGAACCUGCCUCCAAGUAUGGUCGAGUAUCUUCUCUUCAAUAACUUAGAUAUCAACAAGGUCGUCAGUGCUAACAGGCAAACCUGGAAAUCUAUUCAUGAGCUCACAUCAACGAUUUGAUCCAGCUUGACUUUAAGGGACUGUGAGCGUAAUUUCAAGUGACCCUCCAAGCAAUGUUGGCAAUGCCCGAUUUACAACGGUACCCUUGAAGACUUUGUCUCAUCCACGUAGAUAUCAAAGGUUUUGUUUCUUUAAACGGUUUAUUUCCGUUAGCUUUUUCUCAAGGAAAGUGAAUUGCGCAUUUAUGCUUAUAAGAAAGACUGGAUAAACUCGCGGAAAUGAACACUUUUUGUGUCAGGCAAACAACGGUAUCUUCCACAUGUUUGAUCAGAUUAUGAUGUCAGGAGUAUAACCGUCGUAAAUCGGGCAUUGACAUCUUUGUAUGGAGGGUCACUUAUAAUUACGCGUACAGUCCCAUUAAACAAUCACGUUAAAAGUUCUAUGUUUGAUGGAUUGGGUACAAAAUACCUAAUUAAAAUUGUUCAAAUGCCCGAAGGUAUAUAUAUAUACACAACUACAAAACUCUGAAUAUCUACUGCGUCUAGAACUGGCUGGUGUGCCGAGCGUAAUGGGCAGAGCUGAGAUGAUUGAGUUUUUUAGUUUAGGGCAAUUAUUUAUAUCUUCUGGUAUUCUGUAAUUUGUAUUCACUCGAUUUUGUAAUUGAAUACUAAUAUAAACUUUCCGAUAGAAAGUAAAUAAUAAAGUACAACAUGUAUUUUAUGCAAACUGUUGUAAAAACUUGAGGAAAUGAAGUUAAAAGAUUUGUUUUCAGAAAAA